AUGAUGCACCCAGCUCGACAAGCAUAUGUCGAGGAGGACACAGACAUGGUCAACUUCGCCGAUCUUCGUGAGUCGCGCUCCAGCACAUCUUUCAGGUCUCCAGCUAAUUAUAUCCAAACUACAGCGGUCGAUCGUGACUAUGACAUGCCCUCCGCAGAAGCAGGAAUCCCCUCCUCGCGCGCCUCCGCCAUUCUAUCGCAAUUCGAGCGGAAACGCCGAGCAGCAGCAAUGGUAGUACCAACCGAUGACACCAGAGUCCGCGCACGACUACUAGAGCUCGGCGAGCCGAUCACGCUAUUUGGCGAAGGUCCUUCAGACCGACGAGACCGACUCCGCGAACUGCUGACCGACAUGGCGGACGAACAAGGCGGGGACAUCGAAAUGGAAGAACCCGAAGCCGAGGAAGAAGGCGAACAACAAGAAGAAUUUUACACAGUCGGCAGCGACGCUUUACUCGAUGCGCGCAAGGAUAUCGCACGUUACUCUUUACCGCGCGCGAAGGCACGAGUCGCUCGAUUGAAGGAGGAAUCGACAAUUCCACUCCGAACACAUGUCAAGCACCGGAAGGCCGUCAAGGAAAAAUUAGAAGGAUUCGAGUUAUUCGGGUCGCAGAUUGCUGGAGAUCGGCCCGUUAGCAUUUGUCGGUUCUCGCCGGAUGGGCAGACGAUUGCGGCUGGAAACUGGGCCGGUGGGAUCAAAUUACUUACUGUGCCUAAUUUGGAAGAGACGGCCAAUUUGAAAGGUCAUGUUGAUCGUGUGGGUGGUUUGUCGUGGGCUCCUGGUGCCACGCUGCCUGGAUCGAAUGUCUCUCCAUCAAAUGUCAAUCUGAUUUCGGGAGGAGGAGAAGGGAAUAUCAAUCUCUGGGCUCUUGAUCAGAAUAAGCCAUUGGCGACGCUAUCUGGACACUCUGGACGUGUAUGUCGCACGGAAUUCCACCCCUCUGGCCGAUAUGCAGCGUCUGCAUCUUUCGAUACUACGUGGCGGCUGUGGGACCUUGAGAAGGAAACCGAGCUACUGCUGCAAGAAGGUCAUUCACGAGAAGUCUACACUGUGGCAUUCAAUAAUGAUGGCUCAUUGGUGGCUAGUGGUGGAUUUGACAGUAAUGGACGAAUCUGGGAUUUGCGAACAGGACGCACAGUGAUGAUUCUCGAGGGUCAUAUUCGGGAGAUCUACGGUCUGGACUGGGGUGUUGAUGGUUACCGGGUGCUUUCCGGCUCUGGCGAUGGCUGGGUCAAAUGCUGGGAUCUGCGACAAGUCCGGAGCACUGGUGGUAUUGGAGCCCACAAGAGUUUAGUCUCUGAUCUCCGCUGGUAUAAAGGAGCAGAGUCUACUUCUUUCUUGCCUUCCGCAGAUCAGAUGGAUAUUGAUGGCUCAGACGCAAAAGAGCCCGUCCAACCCAAGAAAUCGGGCACGUUCUUUGUGAGCAGUGGAUUUGACAAGAAUGUCAAUGUCUUCAGUGUGGAUGAUUGGUCCUUGGUGAAAACCUUGAGCGGUCACUCGGGUAAUGUCCUGAGUGCCGAUGUCAGCCACGACGCGAAGUGGAUUGCCAGCUGUGGUCAUGAUCGCACAGUGAAGCUUUGGGGGAUUGAAUGA